ACUAAACCCAAUAUCAGAAAUCAAAGUAAUUCAUCAGCUGGAACCCUCUUCAUCCUUCUCAUCAGAACUCUCUCUCUCUCUCUCUCUGCUGCUUUGCAAUGUCGAAAUUACAAAACCCACCCUUACAUUCUUCUAGAUCUCUUCUCUUUUAUCACACUCUCUUCAGUAUCUUGUUCUUUCUUCUUCUUUGAGCAAUUCACUAAGUGGGGUUUUAUUAUAUACUUUGCUCUCUUAUCUCAUCUUUCUCUUCCUCUUCCUUCUGAAUGUGCUAGUCAAUACUGCAACAUAAAGACCUCAUUUUUUUCAUUUUUUUUUUUUUAAAUUUUCCUUUUUGUUUCUUGCAUUUUCUUAUCAUGAUUUACCCAUCAAUUUCUUGUCAAAAUCCAUGGAUACCAAUUACCCCGAAAAUCUUAAAACCUUCAUUGAAGAAAUCUCCCUCUCUUCACUUCAAACCCAUCUUCUGUUUUCACAACCGAGAUUCAAACACCAUUGACAAACCAGAAAAACCCAGAACCGAUUUGAAAAAUGCAACCUUGUUGGCCCAAGCUCAAGUCUUUUACAGGAAGAGCCAAAAAAGCAGGUUAUGUGAAGAGAGAAGAGGUUUUCCCCAUGUGGGUAGCCAAGAGAUGUUGGCUUUGUGUGGACUGGGGUAUUGGGUACAGGGUUUUAGGUGCUUUCCAUGGCUGGCUUUGAACUUCCACAUGGCUCACAGUCUUAACAUGCAUCCAUCAACCUUGCAGAUUGUGCAGAAUUCUGGCAACCUUCCCAUGGUGGCCAAGCCUUUAUAUGGAAUUUUAUCAGAUACUCUUUAUAUUUGUGGUGCUCAUAGAAUUCCUUAUAUUUCCAUUGGAGUUAUUCUGCAGAUCCUGUCUUGGGGGUCAUUGGCACUGAUCCCUGUUGCUGGUCAAUCCCUUCCACCCCUUAUGGCAUGUGUUCUUCUAAGUAAUUUUGGAGCAUCAAUUACAGAAGUAGCAAAGGAUGCUCUUGUUGCAGAGUAUGGUCAAAAGCACAAUAUAAAUGGCCUCCAGUCCUAUGCAUUGAUGGCUUCAGCUGCUGGUGGAAUCCUUGGCAACUUAAUAGGUGGAUAUUUCUUAAUGAAAACACCACCUAGAACAAUGUUUCUCUGUUUUGCAGUUUUGCUUUCCAUUCAGCUUGCAAAUUCUUUAAGAACAAGCGAGGAAUCUCUUGGUUUAUUGGAACUGUCAGAUAAUGAUCUCAUGCAAAGUUCAGUCACAGAAAGUACUACAAAAAAGUUAUCUGAUCUACUGAUGGCAAUUCAUGAGGAAAGCAUAUACCGGCCUCUUACUUGGAUACUAGCUUCUAUUGCCAUGGUCCCAAGUCUGUCAGCUUCCGUCUUUUGCUAUCAAACGCAAUGUCUACAUCUUGAUCCUUCAGUCAUUGGCAUGUCUAGAGUGAUUGGGCAGUUGAUGCUACUUUCCACUACUGUACUUUAUAACCGUCACCUGAGAAAAGUUCCCAUCAGGAGUUUGGCUUGUGCAGUUCAGGUUUUAUAUGCUGGUUCCCUUCUUCUGGACCUAGUUUUAGUAAAACAGAUUAAUGUCAAAUUGGGGAUCCCGAAUGAGAUGUUUGCCCUUUGUUUCUCCGGUUUAGGAGAAAUUGUUGCACAAUUCAAGAUCUUACCUUUCUCAGUGUUAUUUGCCAGUUUAUGUCCUCCAGGUUGUGAAGGAUCCUUAACUUCCUUCUUAGCAUCAAUCUUGUGUUUAUCAUCAAUAGUAAGCGGUAUUUUGGGUGUUGGAUUGGCUUCUCUAGUUGGAAUAAUAUCAGGUGAUUACUCACGCCUGCCUGUGGGAAUUACUGUGCAGUUUAUUGCUGCUUUAGUGCCUCUAAUAUGGAUACAUCACUUACCCAUGUCACAAGGAAUUGCUGAGAAGGAGAGGAAGAAAGGAAUGAGUAGAAGAACUCGGAGAAAUAGAAGGGUAGGAAGAGUGGUUUUGGGUUCGGUAUGUGUAUACAGGCGUGAGAGAGAAUCUGGGAUACAGGGAUGAAGAAGCUAAGAACUUAUUUGGCCAUAUACUAAAGAAAAGAACUGCUUUUGGGCUUUAAAAACCAAAGGGAAAAAAUGUUCAAUUGUUUAAGAUAACAAUCUUUAAGUACGUGGUAAAACAAAGGGGUCAGAAGACAAAGAAGCAAAGGAGGAAAGGACUCCAAGUGCCAUUGCUUUUGUUCAUGCAAUUAAAUUGAUAACUUCGAUCAGGCUUUAUCUUUCAACAGCGGCUCAAUAAUGUAAAUUUCACACAGAAGAGAAUAUUACUCUGUAAAAUGGUUUUAACCUCUUAUAAAGGAGGUGAUUUUGUUGUACUAUAAUUUUCUUUUCUUUGUAAAAUGCAUCUAACAGCAAUUUUGAGAGGCUUAUGAAUACAUCCACGUUGUAAGAGAGCACAAGCUAAAUUCUUAUUUUUCA